AUGAUUGAAUACGACGGGACUCCACAGCGUCAAGAACCGUUGACAGAGAACCAGAGCGUUCUGGACCAAGUGGACCAGUACAUAACGGACCACAAUGGAGGCCGUACAGCCAUAGCGGCAACAACAAGCACUACUGCACCGGAAAGAACAAUCCAAGACUUGGAUUUCGAAGUGGGGCUGGAGUCACGUGACAGCGACCCGGACACGUCUGGCACCGGUCCCGAGUAUGGGUCUUCAAAUCCGCAUCAAAUGCCAUUCCAUUUCGAUCUGGACAUGGCCUCCACGAACCCCGGGCUACCGGAGUCGCGGCUGGUCCGCCCCGAUGUCGUGUUUUCACCCGUCAUCUCUCCGGUUGUCGCGCCGAUCCAGGGCUCUGCCCACCACCAUCACCACCACCACAACCUCCAUAAUCACAGCCAGUUUCAGCAACCGUCUCUGCCGCAGUCCCAACCGUACUCGCAGCAGCAUUCCAGCAGCUACAGCGGCCGCCACCAUUCAGUCGGCACCGCUUCUACUGCCAACACACCACUAUUGAGAUCUCAGGCCCCAGGGUCUGUCCACACGUCAAAACCGCAAUUUUCGCCACUUUCUUCUCCUGCUAUUGAUGCCCUGGACAAUUUGGCGGCUUUGAAACGAGUCUCGUCUAGCUCUUCGUCCCGUGGCAGGAAGACGCCAUUGUCAACGCCUGCUCUUACCGCAACUACCGUUUCCACUUCAUCAAUAAAUGGCCUACCGUCUUCUUCUACAGGUACUGUCACUACGGGCUCGAAAGUGGUGAAAAGUAGUCCACAACUUGCUCGAAAACGACCCGUGGUCCCAACUUAUGGAAGGCGCAAAAGUGGACUUCCUUCGAACUGGGACGAGAUGUUCGCGCUUCCAGAUAGCUCGAUUCCGCCCCCACCGCUGCCGCCGGCGGCAGCCGCUACUUUUGCGCAAUCCCAACCGUCCCAACAGCAACUUGAGGAUAUUCCACACCCACGCCCGACUUCGAGCAUUUCCUCGACAAGAACGCAGAAUUCGAGCAAUUCCACAGUACCGCUAAGCAGUUUAGAUCUCGAAUUUGAUCAUUUCGAUCAUCCACAGCCGGAGUCCCAUGAUUCGGGCUCUUUAGCACAGACACACUAUCCCAAGGUGAUUCUGCCGUCUACGUCUUUUCAAAGUGGGCAAUCUCCAGGCCGUGGACAACCCUCGGUGAUGGGUAGCCAUUCGAAUACCAAUGGCAAUCACAACGUUAUAGUAGCAUCUGAGUCUCCUGUCAUAAAAGCCAAGAAUCCCUCGCCGUCGUAUCCCGCUCCCGUCAUAACUCGUAAGACCAGCGCUGGAAGCAUCACAAUACGAGCGACUCCGGAAUUGAAUCCUUUGCGCAAGAGUAGCAAGAGCUCACUUGAUGAUAAAGAAGAUGAAGAUAUAUCGAUGCGGGACUUGGACGAAAUGCUAAGAAACGGCGGUGGAGGAGAGCAGCAUAGGAAAGAAGUGCAUAAAGCAGCCGAACAGGGCCGUCGUAAUCGACUGAAUAAUGCUUUGACAGAACUGCACGCUUUAAUUCCUGCUGAGCUGAAAGGUUCGACGUUAGUUCCUUCUAAAGCCACGACUGUCGAGCUUGCUUGUGUUUAUAUCCGCGAGCUGGUCGCUCGGGGAGCCAACUCAUCUGAUAAAAUGUAA